AUGUCGACCGCGAACUUCAGAGUCACCGAGCACAUCAUCCCCGCGUGUUAUGUUCGGGAGUAUGCGGGCAGUACCUUGGACCAAGAAGAUGUCCUGCAUCUCCACAUCAAGCAAUACACGCCUCGCCAUCUACCCGAUCCCGUCCCGGCUGAUGCUGUCACCAUCAUAGCCGUUCAUGCUGUGGGCUUCCCCAAGGAGCUUUACGAGCCACUCUGGGACGAGCUUCUCGCACGGUCCGCUCAUUCCAACUUUCACAUCCGCGGUAUCUGGAUAGCGGACGUUGCCAACAUGGGCAUGAGUGGAGUAAUCAACGAAGAUAAACUUAGCAUGGACUGCUCAUGGAUGGACCAUCCCCGCGACCUUCUCCUGAUGAUCAACCACUUCCGCGACCAGAUGCCCCGACCGCUAGUAGGGGUGGGCCACAGCUUCGGAGGUACCAUCAUUACGAAUCUGGCACUGAUGCACCCUCGUCUACUAACCUCAGUCAUCCUCUUCGACCCGGUAAUUCAACGAUUGCCGCCCAAGAUGGGCUUUGGCGCUGAUCCGCCCGGUCCUGUCAACUUUGCCUUGUGGCGUGAUGACGUCUGGCCAAAUAGGGCCGCCGCUGCUGCAGGCUACAAGAAAGUGUUCAAGAAAUGGGAUCCCCGUUGUCUCGAACUAAUGGUACAGUAUGGGUUCCGGGACCUGCCCACGGCCCUGCAUCCCGACCUGCCCGACAAUGUAGACGCUGCCGACCCGCCUGUCACGCUGACCACAUCCAAGUAUCAUGAUGUGCUGGGCCAAAUCCGGGAACGCUUCCACGCUGGAAUGACAGAUGGCCAGGUUCAGUUGGAUCGCUCAACCCAUGCGGAUGUGGACCCCUCUGUGGCUGUUCUUCCGGUGUAUCGGCCCGAACCACCCAGUACAUUCCACAAGUUGCCAUCAUUACGACCGUCGGCCCUCUUCCUGCUUGGCGAAGUGAGUUAUUUGAAUCUCAAAGAUCUUCGGGAAGGAAUCAAGAGCUGUGGUCAAGGGGUUGGGGGCAGCGGGGGGAAAGACAAGGUCAAGCAAGUUACUCUACCCAAACAAGGCCACUUCUUCGCCUUUGAGGUGGUGGGAGAGACAGCCGGCCAUUGUGCCAGCUGGUUAGAUGAGGUUAUGCGCGGAUACCGCGACACUGAGCGGGAGUGGAAGGAAAAGAGACAGAAGAUGGCUAAACGCGAUCAUUUGGUGCUGAAUGAAGAAUGGCGCAGGGUGAUCAAGUCUCCCAGUUCAUUCCGCGCGGCCAAGUCACGGGAAAGCAAACUAUGA